AAAGCAGUCAGUCCGAGACGAGAUCCCGUCUUGUGAUCUUCUCUCUCUUUUUCUCUCUCUUUUUUUCUCUCCCUCUCUGUUUUUCUCUCUCUCUUCCUCCUCUCUGUUUCUCCUUUAUUUAUCUUUGUCUUUCUCGUUUUCGUUCACGAUUACGUGCGUAAGAUUACGUUCGAAAGAUCGCGCCAGUUCCGUCAUCCAAUAUUCAUUGUUAUCGAUUAUUAUCGAUAAUCGAUAUUACGUUAAGCGUUGCGACGUUGAAAUCACCAAAUAUAUUGUUAUAUUAUUUCUCGAGUUAAUUCGAAAAGAAAUACAUGAGCGUUACCAAAAUGGCCGCGCACUGAACUACGAGGGACUUAUACGAAGCGGCAGUAUCCAAGCGGCAGCUCGAUUCUCAACGUGUGACGACAUGAGUUGUCGUCGAGAAGUUCGACGUUUACUUUAGAAAGGGAAAGGAGGAGACGUCUGUUCUGUUUUUUCUUUUUUUUUUUUUCUUCCUCCUUUUUUCUUCAAAGUAUCGCCGCCUUCCUUUUGUGUGUAUAUAUAUAUAUAUAUAUAUAUAUAUAUAUAUAUAUAUAUAUAUAUAUAUAUAUCGCCUCGACUGGCUAAAUAAAUCUAGGUGGACCUAUACAAGGUCUAUCUGAUCGAAAGAAGCGGAGCUCGAGGCUCGAGCAAAAGGAGGCCCAUGCCGGACUGUAGGAAAAAAUUGCAGGAAAAGAAGAAGAAGAGAAGCAGAAGGAGGUGAAGGGAAGCGAGAAAGGGGGAGAGGAAAAAAAGGAAAAAGAAGAUAAAAAAAAAGAGAUCGUCGUCGUCGUCGUCGAUUACGAUCGUCAUCGUUUAAAAUACAUAACGAAGAGAGAUCGUGACGUCGAACGAGAGUUAAACAAGAAAAAAAAAGAAAGAAAGAAGGUUCUCCAAAAUGGCGUCCACGAUCGUCGCGCAACUUCUGAUAUUCCUUACGUUGAUAGCGUUAUCCUUUAGGGUAACACGUUCUCACGUAGCUUUGACGUUUCCAAGAGCGAGAAGAUACGAUUUGGAUUUUCUCGACAAUAGCAGGACACCUGGCCCCUGUGGUAUGCCACGCGGUACCAUCAAAACGACGUUACUUUCCGGAAGUAAUUUUAACGUAACGUGGCACCUCUCUUAUCCUCACAAAGGUGGAUUUCGACUACAAAUCCUCGAUGGCCUUGACAGACCUUUGAUCGAUUUAACACCGGUUACACAACACAGCGAAUUCGUUGAAGAUGAUGCUACAGCACAGAGUUACCACGUGCAAUUGCCACAAAACUUUACCUGUACCGACUGCACGAUCAGACUCCUUCGAAAAGCUGAAGAAUGGACCUCAAGUUACAGAUUUUGGUCCUGUGCAGAUAUCGACAUACUCGAUAGAAAGAUCUACAGAGAAGACUGUAGCGGACACGGGAGAUAUCUCCUUGGAAGAUGUAGAUGCGAUCGUUUCUAUCAUGGCGCAAGGUGCGAAUUUAAGGAGGAGUGCCUCGACGACACAGAUUGCGGUACCCAGGGCACGUGCAUCGACAAUGGCGGUACGACCGCACCCACCAAGCUCUGCUACUGCAACAUUGGCUGGUUCGGAUCGGGUUGUGCAAAAAGAUCACCGAUCAAAACGAUCGACUUAGAUUUAGAAUCUUACACGAUGAAGCGAUUUUCCAAUGACGUAACUUUUUACUGGAGGAUUUUAUGGACAAGCAUGGAAUUGGAAGGUGUUCUCGUAGCAAACAGUACCACUUGGAUCGGUGUUGGUUGGAGACCGAGUGAUCUAUCUCCAGCAUGUCGAGCCUUUCCUGAAAUAAAUGAUCCACCGAAAGAUGAGCCAUUACCAAAGCCCGAACCUAAAUCCGAACCGGAACCAAAACCUGAGUCGGAAAGAAAGAUUACGGAAAGUAAAAGCAAAUCGACGAGUAAACCUGUUACGGGCGAACUUAUAGAUGAACCUAAAGCUGAACCAGAACCAAUACCAAUACCGGAGCCUGAACACGAUAGCGAAAGAUCAGGUGCUAAAAGGAGAUCAGCUAAAGUCGAUGGUACAACUUCCGUGACCUAUCGACCGGAUGAUGUUACCGUACAGACUAGCGUAACUUAUCGAGUUAGCACAAAACAAGGUCGUAAACGCAGAUCAUCCGAAACAGAAAUAUUACAUACGUCGAACGGUGAGCGCGCAACCGAGUCGGCCACCAUCGUCGGCACAGAGCCAGAACCCAACUCCGAACCGGAACCUCAACCUGUGUCAGAAUCCAAAUCUCAACGAGAACCUAAAUCCAAGUUAGAUUCAUCGUCGGCGCCAGAAUCUAAAUCUGAACCAGAGCCUAUAUCUAAACCUGAACCGAUAUCUGAGCCUGAGCCUGAACCUAAAUCCGAACCAGAACCAAAGUCAGAACCUGAACCAAAAUCUGAACCCGAGCCCAAAUCCGAACCAGAACCAAAUUCAGAACCUGAACCGAAAUCCGAACCCGAGCCUAUAUCCGAACCAGAACCAAAAUCUGAACCGGAACCAAAGUCAGAACCCGAACCUAAAUCGGAACCCGAACCUAAAUCGGAACCCGAGCCAGAACCAAAAUCCGAACCAGAGCCCAAAUCCGAGCCCGAACCAGAACCAAAUUCUGAACCAGAGCCAAAAUCUGAACCGGAACCUACUUCCGAGCCGGAGCCAAAGUCUGAACCUACCUCAGAACCGGAAACUAAGUCAAUCCUCAAAACGGGAGCAACGAAAGCAUCGAUACCAUCGAUGGGACAUAAAUACAGUCCGAAACACGACUUCAAUCCCAUGGAUUGUACGGAUAUAAUAAUCGGUACGGCAAGAGGAAUGACGCAUAGAAUCGGAGAUUAUUACACGAGAGACAGAUCGACGCCGCGUCUAGACAAUUAUUGGGGUGGGAAGGACAGUUUGACAGCGGCCAUGGGUUUCGAACGAGAUGGUGUCACUACGAUACUUUUCAGAAGGAAGCUAGAAACAAACGAGGCCACGGAUCAUGCUAUUCGGGAAGGUAAUAUGCAUGUGAUAUGGGCCAAAGGUCAGGAACCAGGUCAUUACAUUCAUAAACCGCCGAGUGGUAUUGAACAAUCCAAAGUCUCCGUUAAAGAAUUUUAUAAGGUCGAUGAAUUGAAAUAUCACGGACAUAAUUCCCAAAGAGGUGUUACGACCAUCGACUUCUUCGAAAAUAAUGGCGAAGAAGAGGAGGUUAACGUGCCGGUACCAGGUGGAGGUUGCGGUGGAUCAUGGCAAUAUCCACGACAUUGUUCGGUUGAAAAUCGUACGUGCGAAUACGCCAUAGAAUGGAACUACAAAGCAAAAUUGGAUCAAAUAUCCUUUGUUAUUUCGACAACGAAUACUAGUAGUUGGACUGGAGUUGGAUUUUCCAACGAUGACAAAAUGACACAAACGGAUGCGGUCCUAGGAUGGGUUGAUACGACCAAUGGUCGAGAAUUCGUCAUGGAUACUUGGAUGAGUGGUUACAAUCCUCCUUUGUUAGAUCCUUCUCAGGAUAUUUAUAACACACACGGACGUAUCGAAGAUGGAGUUAUGACAAUACGAUUUUCAAGAAAACGAAUCACGAAGGACACUACCAGGGAUUUCUCAUUCACCGACGAUCAUUGCCUUUACAUGAUGUAUCCGGUAAAAGGUGGCAAGUUCAAUGCAGUUAACAAAAAGAUUCAAAAGCACAAUGCACCACCGAUGGUUUCACGCAAAAAGAUCUGCAUAAGACCUUGCGGCGCAGAAGAGAUAGAAACUAUAACGACACCAGCCCCGCCAAGAUUGUACUACGAUAUUGAAGUUAAAUUAAUUCAUCUCGGCGAUAGUUUUGUACCACCAUCGCAAGAUAGUCCCGAUUUUGAAAUUAUCUCGAACACGAUAACGGAUAGUUUCGGGCCGGUUUUCGAAAACCUUCCGGGUUAUUAUCGGAUUGAUCUCGAAGAAUUGAAACGAGAUGAAGAACAAAAUGGAGCAGUGGCACGCAUGAAAUUGAUAUUGGAUAAGAACGAAAUAAAAGGCAGAGCUUUGAAUCCAUUGGAUGCAACAGCAGCUACAGAAAAGGCAUUAAAGAAAGCUCUUACUGGUGGAAAGGUCGGUGCCCUCUCCGUUGAUCCUCAGUAUCUAGUCAUCAAAGCACCUCGAAUAAGCGAAGAAAACGAAGUAAGCGAAGAGGACGAUCGACCAUUCAAACCGACCUUCCUGUUAAGCGAGACGAAGUUAUACAUAGUCGUUGGAUGCGUUGCUGCAUUAGUAGCACUCGCAGUCUUGCAAGCUAUCUGUACACUUUACAAAUCCUCAGUGAAGCGCUCUACCAAGGAUCGUCUUAUAAGCAGUAACGCAUGGAAAGAUUAUUCCUCCGGAGCAAAUACGAACUUUGGAUUUGAAUCCUUCGAGACUGAAGAGAAGACUCAUCCACCACCUGUAUCCAGUCUUCCAAGACCCAGAGAUAUAACUGGGAACGGUACCAAUCUUGGUCACGAUACUGUAGAAGGUCCCAAUAGAAUGGUCAGUCCAAGAGCGACUUAUAGUUUACCUCGUGCUCCAGGCUCUAGGAACAACGCACCCACACCGAUGCAGCCAGGAUAUUACACUCAAGAUCGUAGGAAUCAGUAUCAAAGAUCGAAGGGUCUCCAAAGUACGACGAACAACGUAGCUGCACAAGCGAAUCAACCGGACUUUUACUUCAUGCCGAGUCAACGUAAAUACAGCGGCGAGGUUGUGCGCGUUUACGUCGAUUACGAGAGUCAAAUGCCAAAAUGAGGAAUGCUCUAAAAAUGAAGAAUGAGAAAAGCCGUAAAAGAAAAGAAAAUAGAGAAAAAGAAGGAAAAGUGCGUUUGGUAUCGACUGGUAUGACCUUUCAUAACAAUGACUAAUCUUCUUCUCGCUUCAGUGAAGCGAUUUGUAAAUAAGUGAACAAAAAAAUUGAAAAGAAAAAAAAAGUAAUAAUAUUAAUAAGUAUAAGAAUAAUAAUAAGAAUAAGAAUAAGAAUAAGAAUGAUAAGAAAUUCUCAGAGAGCUUGCAAGCUUUCCUGUUUUAAUACGAAGGACCUUUCACUUUUGAAAGCUUUCGUUCGAUCGUUCUCUUGAGAAUAUCAUGUACGUAACGAAUGUAUGUAUGUAUGUAUGUACUGUGUAUAAGGAAUGUGCUUCUAUAUGGACAUGAAAAAAAGGGAAAAGAAAAGAAAAGAAAAAAAAUAUAUAUAUCAAGAAAAGUGGAAGCGAUACAAACUCACAGGAGCAGCCGCUUUCGACCAAAGAGUUAAUCGAUAGUGUGUGCGCGUGCGCGAUUUUGUACAAAAGUGCGAGAAAAUAAGUGCGAUCGACCAGUCUCGACGGAGACAUCGACGAACGCAUAUCGUUAGAACAUAUAUCUCGACUUCAUAUCGAAAAAAAUAAAACUAUACGCGCGUUGCGUUAUAUACUAUAUUGAUGUACAUAUUAAAAUGAUAUAUAUAUAUAUAUAUAUAUAUAUAUAUAUAUAUAUAAAAUUAUGUAUGCGUAAAAGAUACGAGUAGCAAGUAGCAACUGCACACGGACGUUUGCGCAAAUAAAACGUUUGUACAUUU